AUGCCGAAAAAGAAGCCAACGCCCGUCGAAGAUCUCAUUAUUCCCCCGCAAAAUACGAAAAUUUGCGGAACGAUUUGCCUUUGUCAGUUAACUUUAAUUUUGAGCAGCGUAGCGAUUGUUUAUCUGACUGUUGCAAUUUAUGUACCAUCUACGAGGGCCAUGCAGUCAGGUAUAUCCGAAACGCCAGUUAUGUGUACGACAACUCGAGCCAUUCAGGCAGAAACAUGCGAUUGGGGCUCCUGCGGUGAGUGGUGUCUUAGCAAAACAUCCGGAUCAUGUAUGCAAAUUUACGUUAACCUCAGACGGAAUGGCUCCAACCUGCUUCUAGUGAAUUGCACGAGCAUAGCCCAGAAAAUUUGCUACGGUAAGGAUCAAGAAAACGCGAAAAAGAGUCGAUGCAUUGCAGAUGAAUGCAAAAAUCUGACAGGAACCUUCAACUGCUCAAUGGGAAUGUGCCUAGACCUUACCGAUUCAUUCGAAUGUAUUUACAAAUACACCGAUCCGCCUUUAAAGUGCUCGGGUAGAAGAGGUAAAAUUACAUGCAUAGAUCUUAACGGGUUGUACAGUUGCAAUCGAGGUACUUGCGAAAGAAUCCGCACUCCGUAUAAUUGCGACCGUCAUUGCGGAGGUGCCGACAUUGUAACGAGAAAUAAAAAUGUUAUAGUGUUGAGUGGCGACGAAGUUUAUUUAUCGCAAUGUCAAAGAUGCAUUAAUAGUGACACAGGCCAGGAAGUUUGGAACGAAUCGCAAGAUAAUAUUAUGAUGGCAUCGUGUUAUACCAUUUUAAACACCAGUCGAGGACUAGAAGCGGUGGAUUGUGUAAAUGGUUCGUUGUUAUCAAACAGUAUGUUACCUAAUGUCACGAAUUUCACGUACAUAAGUUACCUUAGCAUUUUCAAUACGGUCGUAUUAGAUGAAAAAGCAAUCGCUGCACCACCUGAACCCGAUUUACUUAUCGCAAACGACAGUAAGUUACUCAUCAAUCUCGAAGGUUGUGUCAAUACAUUAAGAGACGAAUGCAGAGAUUUUUUAAAAAUGUAUGGUAAAGAUGGAACCGAUCACUUCGCCAGGGCCCGUUUUCCUUGUUUCUAUUCCAACGAUAAUCCAGGAAUAGUUGUAGCACGUUUCGAUUUAGCGACGACCACGAAACAAUUUCUAAUAGCUUCGGUUUUGCCUUCCGUGCUAUUCGUCGUUUCAUGUCUUACGCUUAUCCUUUGUCAACGCACUGUUGUGGUAGGUGAUGAUGCUAAAAUGCGUUUUCAGGGUUGUGUUAAAUCGGAAGAGGCAGCUGCGGAAAAAACCGCUUCUUCAAACAACAUUAACGAUCGGGGAGGAGGAAAUUCAAUUAUGGCACUUUGA